AUGGAAUGUAAGAGAGGAAAAGAGAAGGUUCCAGCCAAAGCAAAAAACGUAAAAACAUCAAGGAAAAUUAGAAUUGUGUACACUGACCCUGAUGCUACAGAUUACUCAAGUCAAGAAGAAGAAGAAGAAGAAGAAGAUGAUGAUAAGUUGUUGAGAAAUGGCUAUGAGGUAAGUGGUUGCUCCAAGCGGGUUGUGAAGGAAAUCUUGCUUCCAUGCAUGCAAAGCAAGUUACAAGAAGAGAAUUCAUCACAAGAUGUAAACAGUGAAAAGAUGAAAGCAAGUCCAAUCGAUUUUUCAAGUGGGAGGAUGAGGAAACCAUCAAGCGUGUACAAAGGUGUUCAACGUAGGAAAUGGGGGAAGUAUGUAGCAGAAAUCAGAGACCCUAUUCAAGGGGUGAGAGUGUGGCUUGGUACAUUUGAUACCGAACAAGAGGCUGCCAUGGCUUAUGAGAGAAAGAAGAAUGAGUUUGAAAGGUCGAGAAAAAGGGAUGCAGUGGCUUUUGACAGUUCCAAAGAAGUGUUGUUUCAUGCAUCUCCAUCGUCAGUGCUUGAUGUCUGCACUACAAAAGCUUCACUAGAUGUUAGUGAUCUGAAUGAUUCAGUCAAAGAAAAUUUCAAUGUGGAAAAGGUUGGUGAAGGAGGAGGCACUGAUGUGGAAGUGGAACCAGUCAACAGUGAAGAUAAUUCAACACAACUUUUGCUGGAGGAGCCAGUUAUGGCAUCAUUGUUUGGAUAUGAUGGUUUCUAUUUGGAUGAAGCAGAGAAAAGGGGAAUUCUGCUUGAUAAUGAGUUUCAUAAUUUCUUGGACAAUGACUUCAAAGGUGGUUUUAUGUGGAAUGUGGAACAUGGGGAAGCCACUGUCCUUCCCCCUGUGGACAGUUCUUUUGAUGAGUUAGCUUGGAUUGAUGAAACUCUAGAUUGGGAAAGCUCGUGA